GCCACGCAACGGGCGAAUCCAAGAUUUAGCGUUGGCAUGGCUGUGGAAGCUGCAAAGGCAGCCCAGCGCUUCAUCGACUAUGUCAAUCAGACUGGCUCACCGUAUCACUGCGUGAGCGCCUGCACCACCCUUUUGAAAGCCUGUGGCUUCACGGAGUUGCAGGACAAUGGCGGCUGGUCUUUGAAGAAGGGCGGCAAGUACUUUGUCACCAAGGGCAGCGCAGACGUCAUGGCCUUCGUGGUCGGCGGCAAGUUCGCGGCCGACGCCGACUCAGGCAUUUCGAUGCUGGGCGCGCACACAGACUCGCCUUGCCUGCGACUGCGGCCCAACAGCAAGAUGACCUCCACCGGCAUGUUGCAGGUUGGCGUCCAGACCUAUGGCGGAGGGCUUUGGCACACCUGGUUCGACCGGCCCCUGGGCUUCGCGGGCAAGGUGGUGACGCGGACUGGGGGAAAGCUGGUUGAGAAGCUGGUGAGAGUGACGGACCCUGUUAUGAUCAUCCCCAACCUCGCCAUUCACUUGCAGAACGCGGACGAGCGCAAGGUUGCUACCCCUUCCUGA